AGUAAGUAGGAGCCGGCAAUACAGCAAUAGUCUGCCAUAAAACCUUAAAGAAGAAGAAGACAGGGCAGUAGAAACAACAACAAACAUUUAUUAGAUAUAGCUACAGUAGCUCGUUAAUGUAACAACAACGUGUGAAUAUUGCAUCCAUUCUAUCAACAGCUAUACUUUUGUGAAACAGGUCAGAAUUAGAAACAAACUCGCGGUUUUAUUUGUUUAACGAGUGUUGAGAACUUUGGACUGAGUGACCAUUGAACUCGUACUGACCGGUCCUCCCUCUCUGAGUUCCCCAUCUAUCCCGGGCUCUGGUCAGUCAGCCAUGGCCCUCCGUGUCCUCCAGGCCGUGGCGGCGGUGGCUGUUCUUUGUCGGUUGCCCGUAACGUUAACCCAGGCUGGGGACAGGUCAGAAGGGACUCCCGGCCAAUCCUACGUGGCUGCGGUAUACGAGCACCGGGUUAUUCUGAACCCGGAGCCGCACGUACCUCUGUCCCGGGCCGCGGCGCUCAAGCACAUGAUGAGCAACCUGGAUGUGUACGAGGAGCAGGCCGCGCGAGCUGCGGCACAGGGGGCUCAGAUCAUAGUAUUUCCAGAGGAUGGUCUUCAGGGAUUUAACUUCAGUCGUCUGUCCAUCUCUGCUUACCUAGAGACCAUCCCUGACCCACAGUCUGAGGACUGGAACCCCUGUACACAGACAGACAGACACACUCACACUGAGGUCCUCCAGAGGUUGAGCUGCAUGGCUCGACGUCACCGUCUUUACCUGGUGGCCAACAUGGCUGACCUCCAGCCCUGCCGUCUGACCUCUCACCCCACCUGCCCCCCCGAUGGGCGCUGGCAGUUCAACACGGAUGUAGUCUUCAGGUGGGAUGGUUCCCUGGCGGCACGCUAUCACAAACACAACCUGUACUUUGAGAAGGCCUUCGAUGCCCCGCCCACACUGGAGGUGGUGACCUUUGACACGCCGUUCGCCGGACGGUUCGGAGUGUUCACCUGCUUCGACAUCCUGUUCCAUGACCCUACCGUCAGACUACUGGAGCAGGGGGUCAGACAGAUGGUCUACCCUACAGCCUGGAUGAACCAGCUUCCUCUGUUGUCAGCCAUUCAGUUCCAGAGAGCCUUCAGUCUGGGAGCUAACACCACUCUGCUGGCGGCUAACAUCAGGGCAGACAGCCUGGGUAUGACAGGAAGUGGCAUCUUCACCCCUGGUACUGCCAUCUACCACCAUGCCAGGGCUGGACAGCCAGAGGAGGGGAGGCUGCUGGUGCUGAGGAUACCUGUACUGGACACUGCCUGGCUGGGAACAGAGACGAGGGCCAAGGGGCAUGCAGGAGGAGAGGGAGAGGGGGAGGCAGGAGGAAAGACUCCUCUGUCUGGACAGAGGGAGGGCAACUCUGGGUUCUGUCUACAGGAGAGCCAACACUGCAAGGAGGCUUCUCUCUCUACCUCUCCUCCUGCCUCUCCCUCAUCCCCCUUUCCUUUCACCUCCUCUAUGAUGUAUGAUCCCUUCUCCUUCCUCCUGCUGAGUGGUUCAGAGGGCCAGCUGACUGUGUGUGACGGUCGUUUCUGCUGCCACCUGCAGUACCGACGCUCCCCACAGGGGGGCAAUACGGAGCUCUAUGCUCUAGGAGCGUUCUCUGGCACUCACACGGUUAACGGACGCUACAAUGUACAGGUGUGCGCGUUGGUCCGCUGUUUGGGGUCGGAGGUCAGCUCCUGUGGACAGGAAGUGGAAGAGGCAGAGUCGAGAGUUGACUUCCUAUUGGAGGGGAAGUUCGGAACCCGUCACGUUUACCCGUCGUUGCUAGGUAGCGGCAUGGUUCUAGAACAACCUGACCAGGUGAAGAGGACCGCAGAUGGUCGCGUGGCCAUGGAGCACUCAGGGACGACCGUCGGACUAGUGACCGCAUGUCUCUACGGCAGGGUGUACGACCAGGACUAAGGUGUGUGAGAGAGAGGUUGCGGUCCAAACACUCAAGAUACACCCUCAUCCACUUCCCCUCGCCUUAUGCCCUUGGGGUAAUCCCCGUCGCCAUCUUGGAGGGUGGUCCAAAUGAUUAGCCAAGCCAAGGGAAGCCUGAAACUCGCCAUAAUUCAAUUCACCACGAUUGUACAUCUUGUCAGCGAAAACUUAAAAACAACAUCAAUGGAGAAGUCAACAUAAAAACAGUAAAAACAAAUACAAAUAAGUUAGAAAUUGUGCUACUAAUGAACAUGACGGCACAAACACAUCUCGGAAAAAGUAAAUAUGUUUUUGUUUGGUUAUCUUUUGGAAAUUGUAGAAAUAAAUAACAAUUAUUCUUCAGAAGUUCCAGCUGGGUAGGCUAACAUUACUUAGCCAAUUAAUUUACUAACGAUCAUACAGUAGGCGUAUAUUAAUAAUUAUACAUUUAAUAUAAGUAGACAUGCACUCAUAAUUGACUGUAGAGCAUAUAACGCAGCCACAAGCUACCGGAUGAACGAGUGACAAAUUUCCAGCCAAGGGUGGUCCAUUUAAAAAUCAUUCCUUCCUCCCUUGCAUACUCGUCAGACGUCAUCAGAAGUGUCCACUUAAUUUGAGGGUUGAGGGGAUAGGGUGCGUCUUAAGUGUUGGGACCGCAACCAGGGAGAGAGAGGGUGUGUGUUUGGGUUAAAUGAUUGUGGGGUCCCAUAAAGUGAACCAAUCUUCUACCUCAGUAAAUAAGCGCUCUCUUUUGUCCUCCGUCCUGUUUCUGAACUGUAUCCAUGACACCCUAUUCUGCAAUGUUGUCGGGGUUACGCCAAAUAAAAAUAUGAUACAUUUUUUUUUCA